CUUUCAUGUCCUGUUUUAGCCCGUUUGCCACAUGUCAUAUGUGACUUUUCAGAUCAAUCUGCACUUGAUGAUAACGUCAAAUAAAGCUGACAAAUGUUGACUGCAGCCAGUUACUGCAAGUGGAUUUUCUUAGAAAUGAACUGAAACCAGUGACUGCCCAGAAGGAGAAAAUCAAUCACAAAACUGAUGGAUGAUUAGAAGAUGAUCAGCAGGAAUGGACAGUAAACAGACUAGUUAGUCUAGUUAGUUCAUAGACUGAAAUAUGAAACAUAAGGGAUAUGGUCCUUAAAAUCCUGACUGACUGGUUGAGUGGCUAACUUGUUUUCUUGCUGACUGGUUUAUUGAUAUGUUUCCCUGGUGUCUGGAGGUAUAUGUGUGUUUAGUAGCGGUGCUAUCAGCUGCUGACGUAGAACCACACGGCCAACGCCUAGACAUGCGACACACAGAACACACACACACACACAAAGGGAGCAGACCAACGCCCGGAGAUAGGGCACAUAGAGCCGUUCAGGCAAAGUAAAAGGGAAAGAAGCAGGAAGAAGCUGACAGAAGACGGAAAGAAAGGCAGAAAAAAGAAAGGAGAGUAAACAGAGGAGGGGUUUCUCCUGCUAAGUCAACACUGUUAUCACACACAGACAGUUUUCGCUGCUGUCACUCACAACCCUGUUGCUCUGACGUGUCCUCUGUAACGUCACCAUGGUAACAUGACCAGCAGAAUCAGAAUCACAGGUUACUAUAACAACAGCCGUGGGGCAGGGGCUUGAGGCCAACAUGGCUACCGGUGGAAAGUGGGAGGAUUAGCAAACACUACGGCUGCGCACUGUUGCACAACCAUCCGUGUGUGUGUGUGUGUGUGUGUUAAAUGGUGGCAUGAAGUUUUGUCCCAUUGAUAAGAGCGGCAGGUUGUGUAACAGCUCAGUGUUCCCAGCCUCCGGCUGCAGACAGCAGCUCAGACCUGCUAGCUUACUGCUACUGUCAACUCGCCUGCUCUGUCAGCUAGUUAGGACAACUAGUCGGUCAGUAGGACACCUGGAAUGGAUACCAAAAAGAGCCUGGGAUAUUUAGUCUAGCCUGGUCAAUAGUGGAUUACAAUAAGUAGCCUGGUCAGACCAGGAGUUAACCUGGGAUAGUUAGCCUUUCAACUAACAGGCAGCUAACAUUGGGAUGGUUAACCUUUACCUAACAGGAGCGAGCUUGGGGGUCACUUUUCCUUCGCCUGACAUGUAGGUAGCGCUUGGCCUUCACCUGGCGGGGAGAUACUUUCAAUGGGAUAGUUCAUCUUAUUCUGACUGGCAGUUAGUGUGGGAUCGUUUUCCUUCAUCAGACAUGCACUUAACGUUGGGAUAUUUAGCUUUAGCCUGAUAGGUUGUGAUAGUUAGUGUAGCCUGGUCAGUAAUUAGUGUGGGCUAAUGAGCAUUGCACAACCAGGAAUUAGCCUGACCAGAUGUUAGCUUUGGAUGGUUAGUUUCAUGCAAAGGGUUAGUUUGCUGGUAUAGUUUGGUUUCUAUCAUAUCAAUUAGUCUGGGAUCAAUUUGCUUUAUAGCAUGGGAUUAGUUUGCCUUGGAUGGAUGGUGUAGCCUGGUUUGUUGUUAGCAAGUCUAGCCUGGUUAAGACUGUGCCUAAUAGAAUUUUAAGCUAGUCCGAUGUAGCUGUAAGAUAAUGAGCUUUGAGGGCGAAACACACCGGGAUCUAAUAUUUGCGAAGACUCCAAUCGGGGCCUCUCUUGAUGAUCAGAGUGCUACUCCCAGCAAAGGAGUGCUGAAGAACGGCUGCAGCUUUGAAGAUGACCUUUCACUGGGAGCUGAAGCCAACCAUCUUCAGACGAGUAACAGUAAAACUGAAUCCUGUUUCGAUCUUGUGGCGCAACAGAAGAGGAGUCAGUAUAAAGAGAGAACAAGAAGUAUGAACUCCACAGGAUCAGGGAACGGCAGCACUGUGUCCAGUGUGUCAGAGCUGCUGGAUCUGUACGAAGAGGACCCAGAGGAAGUCCUCUUAAAUCUUGGUUUUGGUCGAGAAGAACCUGACCUGAACUCGAAGGUUCCCUCCAGGUUCUUCAACAACUCCUCCAUAGCGCGAGGCAUCGACAUCAAGGUCUACCUGGGAGCUCAGCUGCAGCGCAUGGAAGUGGAGAACCCCAACUACGCUCUGACUAGUCGUUUCCGUCAGAUCGAGGUCUUGACCACAGUAGCGAAUGAGUUCUUCCAGCUCUACAGUCAAGUUUCUGGUCACCCUGUCCAACGCAUCAGCUCCAGGGACCAAGAAGGAGGAGAAGGAGGGGGAGAUGAGUCGGUUCCACCUUUGAGGAGGACCGGCUCGGCUCGGAACGUCGCCAAACUCCUCAAGAAAACCCUCAGCAAACACAACCUGCUUGCGGCGGCCCCCGAGUCGGCUGAAACGAAGACACCUAACCAACACACACAGCCGAACGGACACGCCACCUCUGAUCACACACACACAAACGGUCACGCGCACGCCGGUCCAGAACAGGGCGGCAGCAGUACCGACCUGGACCACCAGGCGGAGAUGGUCAACCAGAAACACUUGCGCAAGAAAGACAGCUGUUACCUGGCAACGGUUACGGAGGAAACCAUCGGGGAUGGAGACGACAGCCCUGAACAGAGCAGAACCGGACCAGCAGCCAAUGAAGAGCAUCCUCCAGAGUCAACUGAUUCCCUGUCAACCAAUGAGACGACAGAGGAAGGAACCCAGGUGGUCAAAGAGGAGCAGGAGGAGAAGAACAUGACCUCCACCCCAGAGAAAGCUCCUCCUACCCUGGCCCCGCUCCAGCUGGCCCAGCUUCGCAUGGAAAACACAGACUCUUUCGACAUGGAGGAGUUUCAGAUUAACGAAGAUGAGGCUCUGCCACCCAGAACUUCCAGAGCCACCGAUCUGUUGAGGACAGUCAGUCAGCAGUCAGACAGCAGUGGCUUUGCUGAGGAGCCCUCCGCCGACUCCAACAGCUACCUCAAGGUGCAGGAGAGCAGUGACAGCUGUGACAGCGAGACCACUGUGACAUCACACCCUUCGCUAGAUGUGGCAACGCCCCUCGCAAUGGACCAACCAGUGUUCACGCUGCCAGACGGCCGAGAGGAAGAGGCGGGUCCUGGUGUUGCUCCUGAGGCUGAUGGGAGAAGUAGUUCUAGGGGAGAAGAUCAGCAAGAUGGGAGUUCAGAGCAGGUUCCACAGUACAGCGCCCACCACCUUCCAAGGAACAGACCAAUGGGAACGCAGCAGGAUGAGACCCGGGAGGAGGAGGAGGAGGAGGAGCAAGUUGAGAGUGGGGACCGGACUGAUCCUGAUCCUGAUCCUGAUCCUGAUCCUGAACCUGAACCAGAACCAGAACCAGAACAGGAGAUUGCCCAAAGUAUGUCUGCUGCAGAACAAGAGCCACAACCAGAAUUAGAACACACCCAGAAUCAGUCUGCUUCAGAGCAAGAACCACAACACAGUCAGAACCAGACCGAGACCGCCACAGACACAGAACAACCCACAGAGGGAGUGGGUGCUGAGAACGAGGCCCAAGAAGAGCAUGCAUUCUUGGAUGAUUCCGGGGCACUUUGUCCUCCUCCUGCUCCACCGUCUCCAGUUCUCAGCGCUUUGAUCCGAGCCAAACAGAAACGGCUGACUCGGGUUUGGCAGCGGAUCGACCCCGAGUCUGACGAUUCGCCCCAAGUCACAGGGAGAGGGCGAGGAAGACGUGGUAUCCCUCUGCAGAGGUCCUCCUCCCUGCCCUCCACAUUCCUCUCGCCCUCCAGGGUUGUGUCCUCUGUCAGGAUCCAGUUUGGGCGAGGACAGGCGUCCUGCACGCAGCCCAGGUACUCCUUCAAAUACACCCAGGAGGGUGAAGGGGACAAGGAAGAAGAAGAGAAGGAGGAAAGACAAACCAACUGUCUGUCUACCCUGAUCAUAAACCCCGCCUCCUCGUCUGACUCUAUCAACCAACAACCAAGGCUUUCCACAGAAGCUUCCAUCCCACCUAAGCACAUCCCACGCCACCUACUGCGGUCAAACUGUUUCCAGCAGAGCUACAGCCCUCCUCCUGAUUGGUCACCGGGAGGACAUGUCCGGUCCUGGAGCACCCAGAGUGUUCCCGAUCUCUCCUCCAAUCAGCAGCAGCCGGGCCAGUUCCAACAGAACAUGAGUGCCAACCAAAACCAGCAAAGUUGGAAUCCAGGGCAGAUGAUGUUUCGUUAUCCGAAUCCUAAUCCUACAGCUCAGUACGUAUACCCAAGCCCCAAUCCUAGUCCCAGCCUUAACCCGAGCCCAUACCCCUUCACUCUGAACCCUCCUCCGCAGUACCCUUCCCUUCACCAUCCAUACGGCAGUCUUCCUAACCUUCUUCAUCAGCACAACUUGAGCCACCAUUCUAGUCAAACAAGUUUAUACCAACCUACAACUCCCAUAAUCCCCCAGCACAGCAGCCUCUCCAAUUUGCAUCAGCCCUCAACGUCCGCGGCUCCUCACCACGUCAAUCUGGACAACCUGCCUCCGGGGACUCCAGCAAUGCACCACCAGGGCUACAAUCCACUAUACGGUCAUCAGUCACCUUACCAUGCUGCUUCUUAUGGCUCACAGUUUGCCUCACCCUACCUUGGUUACCAUGGGUACAAUAUGAACCCACACCUGGCGUUCCCCCACCCCGUCACCCAGUACCCGCCGUUUGCCCAGGAACACAGCCUCCACCCAGGGUUCGCUCCUCCUACUCCAGGCUUCUUCCCAGGCCUGGCCUCAACCCACGGCCCGGGCUACAGCCUCCAGCCAGGGCUCGCUCCUCACGCUGCUCCAAGUCCAGGACCCAGCCAGGGCCCAUCCGUCACUGAGAUGCAGCUGAGGAGAGUUCUGCAUGACAUCAGAGGAACGGUUCAGAGUCUGAGCCAGAACCGAGCCAACACUCCGGACGCGUUCAGUGAGCACAGAGCAGCUCCGCCCGGCCACCAGUCUUUUGCAGAGUUUCAGCAGAAGAAGCAGAGUUUGAACUUGUUCCGCAGUCAGAUGAUGGACCUGGAGCAGUCCAUCAUCCGACAGCAGGCUCUGGUCUACAAACACCUGAGCCCUGCCGACAGGAUGGAAGUGGAGCAACUUCAGUCUCUGAGGUCAGCGGUCCGAGAGGAACUGCAGGAGCUGGAACAACAGCUGGAAGACAGACUGAUGGAUCUGACCCAUCACACACAACACAGGGGUCUCCAUAGAGACAGUCUGUACACCGCGUCUGCACUGAGAGCCAUGGAGCCGGUGUCAGACCUCCUCAGAGAGCAGCUCUUCCUCCAAUCAGAGCUCAGCUACGGCGGCAACGCCCCCUCCACCAACCCCUCAACCCGAUCCUCCAGUCCAGUCCGUGGAGGAGGAAGAGGAGGAGAUGGAGAACAGGAAGGCAGCGUGUACCGGGCAUCAAUUAUCAUAACCCCCGUCCCUCCUCCUCGACCCAACACACGCACUGAGGAAGAGGAGGAGGAGGGAGAGAGGGAGGGAGAGACGGACGGAGGAGGAGGAGGAGGAGUAGUAGUAGUACCACCAGAGGAGGAGGGAGCAGCAGGAGGAGUCAGAGCGGGCAACCUGCAGCAGCUCAUCAGAGAGAUUCGAGAGAGCGUGGCGCAGGAGGUCCGACAGGAGAUCUACAGCGAGCUGCUGGCUUCCGUGACGCCACGGCAAGCACCCCUGCCCGGCAGGCAAAACCCCCUGUAGUCACAGCAACAGCAGAGCACCGCCCCCUUUCACCUUCAGCCUUAGUAACCACAGCCUGAGCAGCUGUCAACUGUCUGUCUGCAACACUGUAUAGCUGAGUAACACUGUCUGUGUGGAACACUAUGUGUCUGUAACACUGUAUGUCUGUAACACUGGUGACGAAAUGAACACAUCGCCUACAUGUGAUAAACCCCGCCCACCCCACCUGCGGAGGGCGGGGCCUCAGACAGGACGCAGAGUGCGACGAGUACGUUGUCUGUUUGGUUCUAGUGUGCUUGGUGUGAUGCAUGCUGGGAACACCAGUCCGGACCAGCCUGUCCUCGUGAAUCAUCAGUGAUGAUGUGUCAUCGUCACAUCCUGUCACCUUUUUUUUCUAAGCUGUUUUGAUCAAAGCCAGGCCUCAAACUACUACCACUGCCACUAAUACUGCGAGUACUACAACUAGUACUGCUAACGGUACUCUGCCAGUACCACCACUACCAGUCCCAGUCCUGUGAAGUUCUCUCGCCCACAAUCCCAGUCUGAGAUCAGAUCAGUCCGUCCUGAUGAUAAUAAUAACAAUAACAAUAAAUAAUCAGUAACUUAAAAUAUGUUCAUUCAUUUGGUAAUUUGGCUGAAUUGAACCUUUAACAUGUUAUCAGAGAAACACACAGGACAGACUUCCCUUUAAAAUACUACAAGUGCCUUAUUCAUUCUAUAAGCUCUCGUGCGUUUUAGUUUUUUUUUUUUUUUUAGUUUUUAAUCUUCUGUCAAAAUGAGCUUUCACCUCUUAAAAUGACUCAUUCCAUGCACAUUUCACCUUCAUGUCAAAGGUUUAAAAAGGUCUUAAAGAUACACAGUUAAGGGAUUAUGAUCCUACAGCUGUCCACAUUCCUUCUUCAUCAUCAUCAUCAUCAUCAUCAUCAUCAUCAUCAUCAUCGUCAUUGUGCUUCUGUUCCUCUCGCCUCAUUCACAGUUGAAUCUGUCACAGUUUCUAUGUCUUUUCUGACUUGUGCUAAGCUAAGGCUAAACUCACCCUGAACUGAAGGGAUUUCACAAAAUGUUGGACUGUUCCUUUAACUCUCACAGUCUUUGCUUUGUGUGUGUUGGUUGUUACAGAGCAGAUAAUGAGGUUAGUGUGUGAUGUCAUGAGGUACUGCGGAGGUCAAAGGUCACUCUUCAGCAGCAGCAGCAGGUUUCAGUAAGUUGUCAUGGCGACAGUGAUUAUGAUGUUGAUGAUGAUGCAAUGCCCGGUGAGGAGACUAUGUAUGGGUGAGCGGGCAGUGUAGCCCAAGCUUUAGCCGCAUUAUGUUAGCUUCCCACCGUCCGAUGACAAAUCUGUGCAAUAAUACGAACAUAUAUAUUGAUUACUGAGACUAUUGUUAAUAGAUUAUCAAUAAAUCACUGCUAACAGUUCAAGCCGCCCUGCACCACUGCAGCACGUCUGAUACAAAUUAAUCUGCAGGUUGCUGGUUGUAUUGAAAGAAUCUCUGAUUUUCUUCCUCUUUGCACAGAAUCCACAGAAGUGAUUGAUCACUGAACAAUUAAUUACUAAUGACCAGUUACUCAACAUCUGUUUUCUUCAGCUCUGAAAGCCUGUGCACAGUGUCUGUGUGGUCCCUUGCAGGUUUCUGGAUAAACCAUCAGUUAUUGAAAACUGAAAAUCUUGGGAGUAGCUGAGGUGACACAAGCCCUCUGCACCCACCAUAGCUGAGUGUGAUUGGCUGAGAGACCUGUCAAUCAAGACAAAAACACUCCUAAAUACCUCUUUCCUGGGACAAUGACUUUCACAAUUUCCACACAGACUCACAUUAGAUUUGAAAUUACCUAAAGCUGAACUUUUGGAAAACAAUUUAUUGACUUUGUUUUUGUGUUUGUUCAUUCUUGAUGUUUGGGAACAAUAUAUGGUGAAGAGAAUCUUAGCUCAAGGGUCCACUUAUGAAUGAUACUGAGCUUUCAACCACAUCUCAAAGUCUUUAUUCAAUGCUCUAAAUAAUAAUUAACCUUUGACCUUUGAUUCUCUUCAUUUAUUGACUUUAUGUUUGUUUAAAACGUUUUAUUUUUCAUGUUCACUAAUCACAAACUUUGCUCUGCUGGACCAACACUCACUGUGAGCGCUGAGGCUCUAUGUGCUUCUAUUUUUUUUUUAUUUUUUUUUUUAAAUGAUCAAGAAAAUCCUUCACACACUACUAAUUUUACUUCGCUGUCUGACUGUUGGUGUUCAUUAAUUUCUAUCGAUGUCUAUUAAUGAUAAUGUGUAUUUUGUAUUGAUGUCUUGUCAGCGGGAUGCAAGGGAGGGAUCACUCUGUAGAGAUGAGAAUAAUAAAGAUGUAUUUAUUUUCAGUA